AUAUAAAUAUACAUAUAUAUAUUGAUAGAUAUAUGUAUAGGUAACAGUAAACAAACGAAUAGAUAUUUGUGCACUAUUUUUUCGAAGCAAAAUUAUUUACAACUGUCGACAAUGCAAACAACUACGAAAUAUUUGGUUUGGUGUUUAGUGAAAAGUGGUGUGUUUAGGAAAAACGAAAUUAAUAUGAAGUGAAUAGUGGAAAGAAAGAGUUUUAGAAACUUCGAAGAAAUAUAAAUUAGUAAGAAGAGUGAAAAAAAUUAUUUUGCGAUUUUUGAAAAUUUUCUGCAUUUGUGAGACCUUGAUGCGUCACUGCUAUUUUAGAGCUUCUCUAUGAGAUGAAAUGUGUUUUCUCGGACAUUAAACGGUAGUCGUAACUGUUGAUUCUGGAAAUUAUGCUUUCAAGGCAAACUUAAACCGUUAGCUCGGUUGCGGGUGUGAGUUCUGUUAUUUUCAUUUUAGUAUUUUUUUUCUGUUUAAUGUGACUUCCAAAUUCAUAUAAAGCCAAAGUGUGCUCAAUGCUAUAAAAACAAACGAAUUAAAGCAAAAUUCAGUGAAAUCAAAACCAAUAUUAAUUUGAUCAGCCUGCAUGUGACUGUGUGUGUGAAGCGUUAGAAAAGCGGGCGCACGCAAAGAGCGCCAGGCAUUCGCCCACUCAAUGCAAAAAUCUACAAAACUCAAAGCAGGAAAUAAAAGCGUGUGCAAAUAAACAGCACAGCGAUCCACCAAGGACUGCUAUGCGGGGUGGUGUUAUACGGUGCGAGUGUGCGGUGCACAGCGACGCCACCGAAAGAAUGUAAGGGCUUGUAAAAAAGGAAAGCAGAACAAUGACUAUCAAAUAUCUGGAUUUUGAAAUAUUACCACGAAAAGCCUUGAUAUAAUAAGGUUAUACCUAUGUAGAUGUUGCAGCAUUAAACAAGCAAAGAAACUAGCAAAAACAAAAUACACGCCAAACAAUUAUUUCGAGUUCAACUCACAACUUUUAAAACAUGCCAAAAUGCUAAGAGCAUAAAAUCACUUAAAUGUGGGCAAAUUGAAAUUAUUUGCAUUAUUCAAAUUCCAAAACUAUUAUUUGAUAAUAUACGCAAAAAAAAAAAAUUAAAGUCCAUAGAAAAAGUAAUAACACGCAAAAAAAGCAAAAACCGAAAAGAAACCAAAGACAGCAAGCAAGACAUAAUUUACUGUCCACUCAAACCACUUCUGUCCCAUUAUCCACCAUUACGAACAGUGUGACCAAAACAACACUAAUACUCGUUGAAUAUUAUGCAAAUAAACGGCACUUCUUCUGGUCCCACAAUGGCUGCGUCUGAGCCACCAGAACCACCGCCGCGCAAUCCGGAUCGCAUUAACGCUUCGCUACACAAACUGAGCGAAUCUAAAAAUAUCAAAUCUCUCGACUCGAGCAUAGCAACGAUCAACGAAAAAACGAUCAACAAUAAUAAACCGUUAAAACCGAUCUUGUCUUUGGAUCACGGCAACAGUGCUGUUGGUAACACCACAAGUUUUAGCAACAACGCGGCCACUGCAACACCAGCCUCGAAUAGCAAAGGUGCAAUAGCAGCAAGCGCUACAACAGCAAUUACAACUACGAAUAUAUCUUCCACGACCAAUUUAUCAAGCGGCAGCACCACGUUACAGUCAACUACACCAGCAGCGCCACUCGUGUAUACUAAACGCGCUGCAGCAGCGGCGGCAGCGGCUACACCAGCAACGACUGCCACCACAACAACGGUUGUAGAUAUCACAUCGGGUGUAAACACCGGUGACAGCGUUUCGCCGCUCAGUUCGAAUGGCAGCAGCAGCAAUCAAACGCUCAUCUCACCAAUGACGAUCGAUAAUCAGCAGCAUCGCCUAAGUUUUCCCAAUAAAAACGAGGUGCAUGCAGCACUUAUGGCACAACAACAGCAACAACAUUUGAAUGGCACCAAUGCAACAGCAGCGCUACUCAAUGGUGGCGUUGCCGGCACAGCGGGCAGUAAUGCAUUGAACGCCAACAAUGCGAAUGCGAAUUUAGCGGCGACGUCUGUGGGGGCGGCGAAUCAUUCGAGCGCAAUAAAUAGCACAGAUUCACCCACAAAACUGCGCGAGGAAAACGAACGACUUAGCGCGGAAAUACACCGCCUCCGUAAACUAUUGGAAAACUCACCAGAGGGCGCUGUUGGCGGUGUCGACCUUUCUGACUCCAAUAGCUGUGGCGAUGCACAUUCAACCGAUGGCAGCGGUAGCAUGCCACAACAACGCGUCGAUCGGUUGGAAGCCGAGCUACGUUCGGCAAAAAGCCAAAUAAUGACAUUACGCAUCGAACGUAAAAAAUUACGCGCCGACAAAAGUGAACUGCUCGCGCAAGUGAAGCAACUCUGCGCCUCGCUGCAAGACAAGGAACAGGAACUGCGUGAUUUUAUACGUAAUUUUCAAGAUCGUGUGCGCGAGACUGAAACGAACAAUGCAAAACUGACCGGUGAUCGCGAGCGCGAACGUUGGCAAUUGCUGAAACAGGCGCGCGAUGAGGCCGAACGUUCGUUGGCGUUGGCGCAGCAAUUGAAUGCACGAGACCUACAGCUGCAACGUUUGCAAGAUCAACUACAAGAGGCGCGACGCCAACUAACCGGUUGUUUGUCCGAUCAGGAGAGUUUAUUGUCGUUCGCGCCAUUAACACCGCCAUCGGCCGCUUCCGCUAUGAUCAACCAAAUGAACGCAACAGCAACAGCGAACAGUGCAAUGCGUAACGACGACAGUGGGCGUGGAAAUUCGAAUUCACUGUCAGCGUUUAGCAGCAGCUUGAGUGGAGGUUCUGGCGCUACGGCGGGGGAUCGUAAUUCUUGCUCGAAUGACUCGGGUUUAAGAAACAGCAGUGAUCGCGAAAGCACUGGUGGCGAUUUAAACUUUAGUGAUGGUACUUGUGAGAAUGGCCCAUGUAUAACAGUGGAUCCGGAUAGCAUUUCACUGGUCUCUAGCCAAAAUAUGUAUCAAUAUGGCACACCUAAGGAACGUAGUCCAACUUUGUCACCACUUAACUCUGCCGCUUACUCGAGAUCUGUAGAGCAACUCGGCUCGCCCGUAGAGUCGGAUGGUCCGGGCGCAGUUGCGCGUAAGUUCACACCAAAAACCGGCACACUAAGUGCACGCAAUGGACGCGGCGGUACUUGGGGUAGCAUUUCUCGUGUAUUUGCACGCUCUCGUAAUAAAAAUAAAGCUCUCUCAGCAGAUGGCACUGUUGAAUUAACUCCCUAUCUUUCAGACGCCGACUACUCAUGGAGUCCACUCUCUGAAGAGGGUUAUGCUGAGAAAUUGCGUCUACUGCGUGACGCCGCACAACUGCCAAUGGAGCGAUGGCGCGCAUCACAAGUGCUCGCCUGGCUGGAGGUAGCGCUCGGCAUGCCACAAUAUAGCACGCGUUGUGCGGAGAAUGUGAAAAGUGGCAAGGUGUUGCUUGAAUUGAACGAUGGUGAAUUGGAAGCCGGUUUAGGCUUGGUACAUCCCAUGCAUCGUAAAAAGCUACGUUUGGCAAUUGAAGAACAACGUCGACCAGAAUUGGUACGCUAUCCAAUGAUUACACAGCUGGGACACACUUGGGUGGCUUCCGAAUGGCUGCCAGACAUCGGUUUACCACAAUAUGCCGAUUCGUUUUUGCAUUCGCUGGUUGAUGCGCGCAUGCUGGACACACUCUCGAAGAAGGAAUUGGAGAAGUUUUUGGGUGUGACGCGGAAAUUUCAUCAAGCGAGUAUUGUGCAUGGCAUCCACGUGCUUCGCAUUGUGAAAUAUGAUCGCCAAACACUGGCCAUGCGUCGUGUACAAUCGGAAAAUGUGGACACCGAUCCAAUUGUGUGGACCAAUCAGCGUUUCAUACGCUGGGCGAGAUCAAUUGAUUUGGGCGAAUAUGCAGAGAAUUUAAAAGACAGCGGCGUACAUGGCGGUCUUGUCGUAUUGGAACCUUCAUUUUCCGGUGACACCAUGGCCACAGCACUGGGUAUACCACCCUCUAAGAAUAUCAUAAGACGUCAUCUCACAACGGAAUUCGAUGCGCUCAUAUUGCCCGCAAGAUAUCUUGUUUAUUGUCAAAUGGAAGAAUUUCAAAUGGAUAGCACACGACAAUUAAUUUUAAAUCAAAAACAACUGGGCAGAUAAACUGUUGUUAAGUUAAUGAAUUCUUUGCUUUAAGUACCACAUAAAGUCAUUCUCGAUGUUUGUUCUGACGUCAACAUUUUAAUUACCGCCAAAUAUUUGCGUACAUAUGUUUAUGUGUGUGUUUGGAUAAUUUUAUAUGAAAUUUAGAUCAAUUUGUGUAGCGGACGUUGAACGAUACAAUAAUUAAUGUGUAAUUUAUGAGUAAAUAUGAUAUGAAUAACGGUCUAGAAUUUGGAUAUCCAGUGUAUGUAAAUGAAGAAAAAUAUGUAAAUAUUGAGCUAUGAACUCAUAUACCUUAUGUAUAUGUAAAUAAAUAAGAAGCAUAUAACGUUGUGUAGAAGUUAGUGGUGAAAAUAAAUAGCGAAGUUGGUGACACUGUUGUUCGUAAAUGGGCAAAGAAAGUAUUGCUUGAUUUAUCAAACUUAUUUUUGAUAAUUCAUCCCACUUUCAGUAAUGGCGAAUCGAAUGAGCACUUGUUUAAAUAAAUACAGACAAAGAGUAGGUGACCAAAAAUUAAAAUAGAAAUCGAGUGAUACUUACGGUACCCCCUUUCUUUACUAGCUUCGUCUGAUACUCAGAGUAAAGGCCUCAGUAUACAAUUAUCCUUUGUUAUUAAUGAAUAUAAAUAUUAUAUUUUUUUCUUGUAAUUUUCACUACUCUCCUUAAAGAGCGCUGCUAAUAGCUACAAAAAAUGAAACUAUGCGCAACACCAACGAUAGCACUUAAUGUCAUUCCUCAUAUAGUACCUGUGGACGGAAAAUGUAUGAAUUAAUAGACUCCUGACACAUUAAUAGUCCCAGAGAGGGACAUUCCGAAAUCUCUCUCAUCACGAAGCCAACUCUCAGCGUCAUCUUCUAGACGCACAUAUCUCCAAAGGAUAUAUGUGGGUGAGUCGGAGUUACUGGAAAAUAUGUAGGCGCUAUGAACUUUCACACUGAUGGAUCGAAGCUCAAUGAGUAGGUUAUUGAGAGCGGGAGAGAAAGCCUUCGGGAGCUCUCGAUCAACUCUUUCUUUUUCAGACGGGCAGACCACUAUAGUGUGUUUCAAGCAGAAGUGGCAGCCAUCAAGCAGUAGCAGAUAUACUAUACUUCUCCCAAGUUGCAGCUGAUCUGUUAUUCAGGGCCUGAGCUCGCUGACAGUAAGCUGAACUUUAGUCAAUUACAUCAAGUUACUUCCAUAUUAAAUUUAUUUGGUGCCUGGUCACAACGGAAACGCCGAAAUCUAUAAUUUCGAUGAGAUCGCAAGAAAAUGCAGCCUUAAUCAAAACCUUUCAGGAUGAGAACGAUGGGGUGAUCGUACGCUUGGGCGUAAGAUCUAUGGGCUUCGCGCUGGCUCAGUAAUCGUUGGUCUGCAAUCAGCACUUGUGACUUUAUGAAAGAUUUCUGGCCCAAAGUGAAACGUAAAAGGUCCAUGGAACAAAUAGCUUUUAUCAAGGUUCAAUUGGUCGCAAUAAUAGCUGCCAUAAUUGGACACUAAACCAUUGGCACUAACGCCUUCAAGCUAAAUAUUUUACAUUAUGCAACUUUUCAAAGUUGAAGGGAGGAAGAUGAGGUAGAAAUAUAUAGUUUCUCCUUCACUGUCAACCUUUCGCCAAACUAAACAUCUUGCUUGUCACACUUUCUACGAACCCGGAAAAUUAGUUGGAGUAGAUAUGUACUAACCGUCUAAAUAAAGUUGUGGCUAACUUUGGGCGCUUUGUAGAUAAGCGAUGGUCAUUUUGAUCCGUACUGAGGAAUUCUGGGCAUCACAACGGACUAUCUCUCGCUAUCCAAAUGAGAUUAUUCGUGGCCUUCCAAAAAAUCAGUCUAUAUACCUAACCUAAACUAACUUACACCAAAUUUAGCGAUAUCUCUUUUGAGUUUUUUUUUUACAAAUUUUUGGAAAGUAAUAGGAUUGAGUCGAUUUAAAAAAAUUUAUUCAACCAAUUCUGUAAAAAUUUUCAAAAUGAGCUCCUUUUGCGUCGAAGCAGCUCCGCCAGCGCGAUUUCCAAGCAUUGAAGGCGUCACGGAAGGCAUUCUCUGUCGUCUCAAAAUGCUUGCCUUUCGGC